CGUGUCUUGGUAAGUCAAGUCACAGUGGAUUCAGACGGGACCAACAUGAAGGCUUUCUGUUUUUUGGUUGUUGUUGGGGUUGUUUGCGCUGCUCCAGGAAGAGAAAAGCGACAGCUUGGGCUUGGGACGAACAACUGCAACUUUCAGGCAGCCAACCCCUGCACGGCCGGUAAGAUAACCAGUCAAGUGUUUUACCCACAUCCUAAUGACAACACAAAAUUCAUUCAGUGCAAUGCUCUUGGAGAGAUGUACAUUAUCCAAUGCCCUUCUGGAAAACUUUAUAAUCCCGCAACUGUAUCCUGUGUGUCAAGAAACUUUAUUCCACAUGGCACAGGUGGAGGACAGGUAACUGUGCCUCUUGGCAGCAAUCCCUGCACACAGCAAAAUAUUGCUCGCGGAAACUUAUACUUUGCAAUCGCCAGCGACAUACAUAAAUUCAUUGAGUGUGACCUGUUGGGAAAUGCCAAUCAACUGACCUGCCCCUCCCUACUGGUGUGGGAUCAGGCACGUCUUUCUUGUGUUUAUAGCUUCCAGAGUGGCCAGCCGUUACCCACACCAAACACUGCGCUUUUACCAAGCACUGGAGUCACCACAAACCCCUGCAAAAAUGCGGUCGUUACUACUGGAAACUCUCAGUUCUUUUCACACCCCGAUCCCUCUAAAUUCAUCCAGUGUGACAUCGCCGGAGACGCCUACGUUUUAUCUUGCCCGUCAGGUCUAGUGUGGAACGAGUUCAGUACAACAUGUGUGUCCCCAUAUACUCAAGCUGUUGGCACACACCCAUAGUAUUGUCCCGAGUUCGGAAUCUCUUACCUGGAUUACAACAGCUCAUCUUCCAUUCUGAUAUAUUUUUUGCGUGAAUUUACUAUUAAAUAAUUGAAUUUA